AUGGCUACCAAAAAACAACCUGUAAUGGAAUGGACAGAUGACCAUGACAUUCUCCUGUUGCGUGAAAUGAUUGCUACCGAAUUUUUUCAGUGCAAGAAAGGCAGUCCAGACCGUGGCAAAAUCUGGGAGUCAAUCCAGGAAAGAUUGAACAAGCUUGAUAAUCCAAAAUUUAUGAUAAAGGAGAAGACACGGGAAAAAUUUCAGAUUCCCAAAUUGGGAAAUUCCUGUAAAUUUUCCCAAUUUAGGGAUAAUAUUGGGGAAAAAUUGGGAACGAAAUUACCAAAAUUGGGAAAAUUUUGGGAAGUUGAACCACUUUUAAGAUCACAAAAAAGGGAUUUUUUUGGGACAAUAUAAUAAUUAUAUUGUCAAAACUCCAUUUUGGGAAUAUUAUGGGAAUUUACCCAAUUCUGGCGAAAAAUUGGGACAUGAAUUUCCUUCUUUGGGAAAAUAUUGGACAAAAAAAUUGGGAAAAUUUUGUCUUGGAGAAAAUAGAAAGUACUAUUUUGGGAAAAUAUUGGGAAAUCUUAAGAGUUCAUUCCACUCGUCCCAAUUUUUUUUGGAUUUGGGAAAACAUUGGGAACAGAGUUGUUAAAUGUUUUUGGAUUUUCCCAAUUCUAGGAAGGAAUGGGACAUAGCUUUCCUACGGUGGGAAAAGUUUGGGUGAAAAAUUGGAUCAGGUAAAAGUUACUGUAGAGUUAAAUUUUCUAUUCCAGUCGCCAUCGCCGCGUGUCUUUAAGAAAGAAAGAAAGACGAGUGGCCUUGGGGACGAGAAUGCUUGCCCCAGUUCUCUUUCCCCGCAUGCGCACAAGAACGGCUCGCUCGAUUCAAACUCCCGUUCAGAAGAUGGCUUUGUUUCUUGCUUCGUCCUCACAAAAUUCAGACUUUGAGCCAAAGAAAACGGAUAAAGAUGAACGAAAAGAACAAUUUGAGGAUAUAGAGAAUCCAAGUGCAGAGGAAAUCUUAAAACGAAUCAAAGAAUGUUGUGGAGAAGCAGUGGGGAAAGCGUUUGAAGGUACGAACGUUGCUUUUAUAUUUUCGGCGGGAAACGGCCCAGAAUGCUACAAACCUUCCAAGUUUCUCUCUUUUUAGUUUUCCUUUACUUUUUGGCGUGCUUUUAUUGAACAACAACAAUCUGUGGUACUUUGCAUUGGCGAAGACUUGAACAAUAUUAAAUCAAUAUUUCCUAGCAAAUGUAAAGUUUACUUGUUUAUUCCAUGGCCGUCCAUUUUGCCUACAUACUGAACUUUUGCUAGAAAAAAAGUUUCAUGAAGUCGAGAGGUUGAGGUUUAAAGCUUACUUCUCUUUUUCUUUGAAUUAAAUGUAAAAUCUCUGUUAUUUUAUAUACCCGUUCCAAGCACUGACUUGAUUGAGAAUAAAAAAACUGCCUUGCACGAUACAUGUUUUGAAUAUGUAAAACUGGCAGAAGUGCAGGUCAUAGCUUUCUAGGUUUUCAUCUCAGCUAAUAUAUAAGCUUAUGAUAUAUAAUACACGAAAAAUAUGUGUGUAUGUUACUGGUACAUAACAUCCUAAACUGGUCAAAGCCCUGUUUUCUUCCCUUUGGAUUAUUAUUAUUUUUUUAACAUUGAAGGUUAAAGGUUUUUGAUUUGCAUUACUGAUUUUAAAAUUGCAGGACAGUGGCGAUAUUGGUAGCUUUGGAUCAACACUUUCACCAGAUAACUCUGAAAACGAAAAAGGAGACCCACCACCUUCCCAGGCUAGUACUGCAGAGGGGGGUAGCAGUAUUCAGUUGUCACCAAAACUUUGCAAGAUGAUUGUGAGAUUUAUAUGUGGAAGUGUUUUGGGUGGAGAGGAGAUCUCAAAGCUGCUGAAGAAGAGAUUCUCUGUCACACCUAGAAAUCUCACGCCCCUCACACUAUCUCAACUGUUGGAAGUGGUGUCCAAGAAGCCAGCAAGGCACAAGUAUGUGGAAAUCCCUGAUGAACCUGUUGAUCCUAGGCAGCUGAAGAUGGCUAUGAUAAAAGUGAACAAGGAGACUGAAACAAGUUACCUUUCAUCACUUUAAUAGUGAUGUGAUGAUGUUGAUUUUAUGACAAUUAAUGCCUAAAAGGACUGUGUUUUUUUCUGAAAACUUUGAAAGAGUUUAUUGUUAUAACCUUUCCUCAAGGGUACUGACAGUUUUAACGAUGGAAACACCUUACAAUUGAAAAAGGUUGUGUUGGGAUUCAUUAAUGUUCUAUAUUAUUUAUUAUAGCAAGAAGUAUUGAUGCUUUCCAUAUUAUACUGUAAAUUGACACAUUCAAAUGAGACAUUUUGAAAUUCUAAGACAUGUAUACUUACUUAUAUAAAUAAAUUCAAAUAGUUUAUUUGUACAAAAUAUGCACUAUGUUUUUAUUUAAACCAAAAAUAUAGUUAAGUGUAUUAAAACUGUUUGAAAAGAAAAUGCAUUAUCUUAGUUGAUUUGGACAAAAGCUGUUUGUCUAUUCUAGACUUGUUGGGAUUUGGAUUGGAAAUUUCAAUCCCAAUAUUGGGAAAAACCAGGCUCAAAAAUAACCCAUUAUUGGGUAAAACUUGGGACCUAGAAAUCCCAUUAUUGGGGAUAAAAUGAGACGUUUUAAUCCCAAUACUGGGAAAAAACUGGCACAAAAAUAACCCACUGUUGGGUAAAACUUGGGACCUAGAAAUCCCAUUUUUGGGAAUAGAAUGGGAAGUUUUAAUCCCAAUACUGGGAAAAAACUGGCCCAAAAAUAACCCAUUCAUGGGUAAAACUUGGGACUGAAAAAUCUCAUUAUUGGGAAUAAAAUGGGAUUUUAAAAACCCAUGCUUGGUUUUGGUAGCACUUUCCCAAUUUUGGGUUUUCCCAAAGAAAUCCCUUUGAAAUCCCAAUUAUUUCCCUUUUUAAACCCAAAAUGGGGAUUCUGAAAUUUUUCCUGUGAGAGGGGAGUCAGAGACCGAUGGAAUCUGCUUCAGGCCAAGUUUAAACGCACGCAACGAGAAGAGCUACAAGCCAGUGGCAUUGAUUGCGAGUUAUCUGAGAAAGAUACGCUAAUAGAAGAGUUAUGUGAGAGAGAAGAUAGCUUUUCGGCCAAAGACAAGAAAAAGUCACAUGAUAAAGAGGCAGCUGAAGAAAUCAGAAAGAAAGCCAUGGAACGCAUGAAAAGAAAAUCAACCGAAUCUGCUGGCGGCAGCGCCAAAAAGAGCCGAAGAAGCGGGGGUGAUGCGGUUGAAUUCUUGAAAGAAAAAGCUCAAAGUGAGUAUUCCAUUCGCCAACAGGAGCUAGAGCUGCAAAGAAAGGAGCAGGAAGUAAGGGCCAGACAACAAGAGCUACAGAUUGAACUGCUACGGAAGCAAACAGAGCAGCAAGUACAAAUUUCACAGGCAUUGAUGACCAUGAUGCAAAAUAUGGUUAAGAAGUAA